GAUACCAUUCCCGCACACUUAAUCUCCUGUUCUUCUCUACCCUUGGGAUUCCCCGGGUUGGGGGGAGCUGGGCUGCCCCUCCUCCGGCGAUGAUGUCACUACCCUCCUCCGCAGCCUCUCGCUGCCCAGAGCUGCGGGGCUGGGUCACCCCUCCCCCAUCGCUAAUCCCGGAUUCCCCCAUCCCCGCCCCGCCUCGACUUGGGGCACAGCCUCCUGCCGCCGCAGCCCCAGCCGCAGCCGCUGUCCCCGCCCCAGCCCCCGCGCCUGCGCUCUACCACCCGGGGUCCAGUCCAGCCCAGGGGGCGGGGCCUGACAGGCUCCGGGGCCGUCCGCCUAGUUCUGGCCCCGCCCACCAUUGGCCCCGCCCCAACUUUCUGCCCUCCCACCAGGACUCUCUGAAACCUAAUCCCGCCCAAUUUCCUAUUGGCCCCGCCUAUUGCCUCAGCCUAGACUUUGUUUCCCGGCCUUUUGGUUUCUCCCCUCCGCCUCUCUUAAGACUCUCCUUACCAGUUCUCAUCCAUCCCUUGGUUCUGCUGGCUGCAGUCCGCCGUUAUCUAGACCUCGCCCACUUUCCCUCACCUCGUUCCCCCUUCUAAGGCCCUACUGACCCUUAGAACUAUCUCCCAGGUUCUCUGGCCCCCAAGACUUCCCGUUCUAGGUCCCACCGCUCCGUCCAUCCCGGUAGCUUUGUACUCUGCAGGUCUCACCAUUUCCUUAGCCAUUCUCUACACUCUUAGCCUGCCCCGCCCCCACCUAGCCUGGUUGCUUUCAAAUCCCUUAAAGCGCCGCUCCUCCCUUAGUCUUGCCUUUCCACAGCCCAUUCAAGACUUAUUUUACCAUUCGUGGAUCCCACCCACCUCCCGCAGUCCCUCCGAAUCCUUCCUGACAUUCUCCCGGCCCAGCCACGGCUAAACGGGCCGCGUUUGCAGCUCCGACCCUUCCCCUUCUUUUCCUCGCCUCCCUUAGUCCUAGCCAGAAGCUCUCAGGUUUUCAGGCCUCGCCCAUUUCCGCCCCUUCUCACUGGGUCUCAGUCCCUGUUCCCCUUGCCGUGUCCCCUUUCUGUCCAGUCUAGUGCCACUCUCCAUUUCCAGUUCCCGCCCCUCAUUCAGUCCCGCCCCCUCACUCUCCCAGCCCAAUUAGGACUGUUUCUAAUUUCUGUGGCGCUGCCUCUUCUUAAGAUCCGCUCUGCCCCGUCCAAUCAAUGUUAGGAGCUCAACCCGGCAGUCUCCAUCUGCCCCACUUCACCGGGUAUUGCUUGCCGGCUCUUUAGGUCCGUCUCUAUGCAAUCCAGACGGCCGCCCCGACUGUGGCCCUGCCCCUGACUCCGCCAGUCACGGACAGUCAGGCCCCUUUAAAUAGCUCGGACCUGUCCCCUUCCUCUGCCCGACCCGCUCCUUUUCUUAGUUCUAUCAGAUCUCUUUCUUAUAUUUAGCCCCGCCUCCUCUGUUCUCCCAGUGCUGCCAAACCAGGCAACUUUAGCCUCCCAUCCCGCCUUAACACCUCGCUCGGCCCCGCCCCUUAUCCCAGAAAGACCCAAUCGGUGUGUUCCAUCUGCGGCCCCGCCCCGACCAGCUAGGCGGAGUUGGAGUCCGGGCCCUUCUCUCAGCUUUAGCCCCGCCCCCCACCUCUUCCCAGGCCAAUCAAUUCAGUUUCUCCCUCCCUGCGGUCUCGCCCCCUCCCUCCAUCACCUCCUAUCACCCAAUCACAUCUCUCUCCCCUGCGGCCCCGCCCCCUGAUACCCCGCCCCUCCCUCUCCGCCCCCCAUCCAAUGCUGAGCUCAGUCUGCGUCUCAUCCUUCCGCGGGCGCCAGGGGUCCAGCAAACAGCAGCCGGUGUCGCCGCCGCAGCCGUCCGAGUCCCCGCUGCCGCUGCCCCCGCCGCCACCGCCACCGCCACCGCCGCCGCUGCAGCAGCAGCAGCAGCCUGCACAGCCCGGCCCCGCCGCGUCCCCGGCGGGCCCUCCGGCACCCCGCGGGCCCGGGGGCCGGCGCGCCGAGCCAUGCCCCGGGCUGCCGGCGGCGGCCAUGGGGCGGCACGGCGGCGGCGGUGGCGACAGUGGCAAGAUCGUGAUCAACGUGGGCGGCGUGCGCCAUGAGACGUACCGCUCGACGCUGCGCACCCUGCCGGGGACGCGGCUGGCCGGCUUGACGGAGCCCGAGGCGGCGGCGCGCUUCGACUACGACCCGGGCGCCGAUGAGUUCUUCUUUGACCGGCAUCCGGGUGUCUUCGCCUACGUGCUCAACUACUACCGCACUGGCAAGCUGCAUUGCCCGGCCGACGUGUGCGGGCCGCUCUUCGAGGAGGAGCUCGGCUUUUGGGGCAUCGACGAGACCGACGUGGAGGCCUGCUGCUGGAUGACCUACCGGCAGCACCGGGACGCCGAGGAAGCGCUCGACUCCUUCGAGGCACCCGACCCCUCGGGCGCCGCCAACGCUGCCAACGCUGCGGGCGCCCAUGACGCGGGCCUGGACGACGAGGCGGGCGCGGGCGGCGGCGGCCUGGACGGCGCGGGCGGCGAGCUCAAGCGCCUCUGCUUCCAGGACGCUGGCGGCGGCGCCGGGGGCCCGCCAGGGGGCGCGGGCGGCGCGGGCGGCACGUGGUGGCGCCGCUGGCAGCCCCGCGUGUGGGCGCUCUUCGAGGACCCCUACUCGUCGCGGGCCGCCAGGUACGUGGCCUUCGCCUCCCUCUUCUUCAUCCUCAUCUCCAUCACCACCUUCUGCCUGGAGACCCACGAGGGUUUCAUCCACAUCAGCAACAAGACAGUGACGCAGGCCUCCCCGAUCCCUGGGGCUCCGCCGGAGAACAUCACCAAUGUGGAGGUGGAGACAGAGCCCUUCCUGACCUACGUGGAGGGUGUGUGUGUCGUCUGGUUCACCUUUGAGUUUCUCAUGCGCAUCACCUUCUGCCCAGACAAGGUGGAAUUUCUCAAGAGCAGCCUCAACAUCAUCGACUGUGUGGCCAUCCUGCCCUUCUAUCUGGAGGUGGGGCUCUCGGGCCUCAGUUCCAAGGCCGCCAAAGACGUGCUGGGCUUCCUGCGGGUCGUCCGCUUUGUCCGGAUCCUGCGCAUCUUCAAGCUCACGCGGCACUUCGUGGGGCUGCGCGUGCUGGGCCACACUCUCCGUGCCAGCACCAAUGAGUUCCUGCUACUCAUCAUCUUCCUGGCGCUUGGUGUGCUCAUCUUCGCCACUAUGAUCUACUACGCUGAGCGCAUUGGCGCUGACCCCGAUGACAUCCUGGGCUCCAACCACACCUACUUCAAGAACAUCCCCAUCGGCUUCUGGUGGGCCGUGGUCACCAUGACAACCCUGGGCUACGGAGACAUGUACCCCAAGACGUGGUCAGGGAUGCUGGUUGGGGCGCUGUGUGCCCUGGCUGGGGUGCUCACCAUCGCCAUGCCCGUGCCCGUCAUUGUCAACAACUUUGGCAUGUACUAUUCGCUGGCCAUGGCCAAACAGAAGCUGCCCAAGAAGAAGAAUAAACAUAUUCCCCGGCCUCCGCAGCCCGGCUCGCCCAACUAUUGCAAGCCCGACCCACCGCCACCGCCCCCGCCCCAUCCUCACCACAGCAGUGGCAGCAUCAGCCCUCCACCACCCAUCACCCCGCCCUCCAUGGGGGUGACUGUGGCAGGGGCCUACCCACCAGGGCCCCACACGCACCCCGGGCUGCUCAGGGGGGGAGCGGGUGGGCUCGGGAUCAUGGGGCUGCCUCCUCUGCCUGCCCCUGGGGAGCCUUGCCCAUUGGCUCAGGAGGAAGUGAUUGAGAUCAACCGGGCAGAUCCUCGCCCCAACGGGGACCCUGCAGCAGCUGCGCUUGCCCACGAGGACUGCCCAGCUAUUGACCAGCCCGCCAUGUCACCAGAAGACAAGAGCCCCAUCACCCCCGGGAGCCGGGGCCGCUACAGCCGGGACCGAGCCUGCUUCCUGCUCACUGACUAUGCCCCUUCCCCUGAUGGCUCCAUCCGGAAAGGUUACGAGAAAUCCCGCAGCCUGAGCAGCAUCGCGGGCCUGAGCGGGGUGUCCCUGCGCCUCGCCCCCCUUGCCACUCCCCCUGGCUCUCCCAGGGCCGCCCGCCGCGCUCCCCCAACCCUGCCCUCCAUCCUCUAGCGCUCCCUUCCCCCCCGUGGGGGGACUCGGGGGUGACAGGGAAGAAGGUCAAAGGAGCUGGGGGUGGGGGGUGGGGGAAAGGGUUUUUUUUUUAAAAAAUCAAACAGUCAUUAAUAAUAUGCAACCGAGACGACGAUGCCAGCAGACACCCCCGGGCCCCUCACCUCCACCUGGGCCCCCAGGAUGGAGGGGGGGAGGAGCCAAAGCCCAUCCCCCCAACUAUUCGCCCCUCCUGAAAAAAAGCCUCAGGUCUCCAUGAACCAUAGGAACCCCCCCGCCCCGAAUCGACUCGUGUAAAUACGUCCAAACUAUAUCAAUUACAUUUUGGGGCGCCUCCCCACUACUCUGCAUGCCUCCCCAAAACUGGAUCCCCGCCCUCUCCAACUCCACCUCAGCAAUAAGCCGCCAGGGGCUGCAUGCUGCGUGCGAGGGAAGGGGCAUUCUGGGAAGCGGGUGGGGACCUCCAUGUGGGUCGGGCUAGCCUUUAAGCUACCGGAGGGUCUCCUAGCCUCCUACCCUUCACCCCAGGAGGGCAACCCAUCACGAAAAAAAAAAAAAAUAGCAGCAAUGUGGGGGAAGGAGGAACAGUCACCCAAGCCAAAAACCGGAGCC